ACCUUACCAAUUUUAAAUAAACUCCAUUCAAAAUUGAUUAAACAACAAGGAAAAGCGAAACUGUGAAACAUUAAAGAAAAAUAUUACGGCACGAUUGGGACUUUAUAAAAAUUUCGAAAUUUCAAAAGAUAGUUAUUAUUGCAACAUAGUCGAUUUUAGGACAAUUCAAAUGCACAAAAGUCAUAGAAUCUCUCAAAAACUAUGGCAACAACUCUUAAAUUCGCUCCAAUGGUCGCAAAUAAAGAUUAAGCCGAUAUCGAUCGAUAUCGAUUUUGACGGUCAAUAUACAUUUUUAAGCAAAGCUUAAUCCUUAAUUCCGUGUUGCAUUUAACUUUAGAUGUUUCUCGACCAAGGAUGUUUCGGAUUUUCUUUUUCGUCGUGGUAGCACUGUACACAUGUCUCGCGGCUCUUCAAAACGAAUACCAGAACUGUGUUCAUCUCGAUCAAGAAAAGGCAUUUAAAGUGUGUUGGACGUACAAUGAAAGUUCCGAUAUAAUCAACUUUGCUUUGGAAGUUUCCACGCUUGGUUGGAUUGGAUUCGGGUUUGCACACAAAAUUCACCGAAUGCAGAACUACGAUGUAAUUGUUGGGAAGAUUCAAAGUGGGAAAGAGUCGCUCACGGAUCGGUUCACUAGUGGAUACCAAGAGCCACUUGCUGACCUGUCUCAGGAUUAUACUUAAACUGGCUUCAAUGAAAGCAAUGGCAAAAGCUUCCUUGAAUUCUU